GAGAAGGAAGGGGAGGAAGAGAAGGAGAAGACCAACAAGAAGAAAAGAGUGACACACACCUGAUAGUAGGCAUCUUGAACACAGAGAGUUCACAGACUUCACAGUUGUAAAGUCCUUUGCAGUGAGGUGACAAGAUCCUAUCUUGAGAAGCUGAAAGAAUCCCAAAUGGACUAACUGAAGCCCUGGACCAGGACAAGAUCUUUUCAGAGAUUUGUGCAAAUACAGGAGUCCGGGGCCUGGGGAAGUCAUGCAGGGGGCAGCAAGCACGUUAUGGAAGUUGCUGGUGAGAUCCCAGCCUCGCAGGCUGUGUUCUUUCAGAAAGAUACAACCAACUCCACAAUACCAGCCUUGUGUCCCUUGCUUUACCUACACCACUGAUACACAGUCCAACAGAGAAAACAAAAGAACAGUGGAAGCACUCUACAAACUCUCAGUCGACAUCAGGAAAAUUCGUAGAUUAAAAGGCUGGGUACUUCUGGAGGAUAAAACUUACAUUGAAGAAAUUGCAAAUCUUUUACAACAACUAGGUGCCAAGGAGACUGCCAUAGCCAGUAUUUUGGAACGCUGUCCUGAAGCAAUUGUCUGUAGCCCAGCUGCUGUUGAUACUGAAAGAAAACUCUGGCAGUUGGUAUGCAAAAAUGAGGAAGAGUUAAUCAGGCUAAUAGAGCAGUUUCCAGAAUCAUUCUUUGCUGUUAAGGACCAAGAGAACCGGAAGCUGAAUGUUCAGUUCUUUCAAGAGCUGGGACUGAAGAAUGUGAUCAUUAGCAGAUUUUUGACAACUGCAUCUAAUAUUUUUCAUAAUCCUGUUGAGAAGAAUAAGCAAAUGAUAAAGACUCUUCAAGAGAGCUACCUAAGUCUGGGUGGUUCUGAGGCCAACAUGAAAGUCUGGCUACUAAAAUUAUUAAGCCAAAAUCCUUUCAUUUUGUUAAAUUCUCCUGCAGUUAUAAAGGAAACACUGAGAUUUCUCCAGGAGCAAGAUUUCACAGACUUUGAAAUUCUUCACCUUCUGUCCAAACUCAAAGGAUUUCUUUUUCAACUCUGUCCAAAAAGUGUACAGAAUAGUAUUUCCUUUGCUAAAAAUGCUUUUGGAUGCACUGAUCAUGACUUGAAGCAGUUAGUUGUGAAAUGUCCUGCUCUCUUAUAUUACCCUGUUCCAGUUUUAGAAGAGAGACUUCAAGGGCUAUUAAAAGAAGGAAUUUCCAUAACUCAGAUAAGAGACACACCGAUGGUCCUUGAAUUAACACCACAGAUAGUUCAGUACAGAAUAAGGAAGCUGAAUUCUUUGGGCUAUAGAAUAAAAGAUGGACAUCUGGCAAAUCUAAAUGGAACAAAAAAAGAGUUUGAGGCUAAUUUUGGCAAAAUUCAAGCCAAAAACAAAAGGCCACUUUUUAACCCUGUGGCACCAUUAAAUGUUGAAGAGUAAAAAGUAAUAACACUGAGUGUCUUUCUAUCAAAGGGAGACUGACAGAGAAACAAUUCAGUUUAUAGGAGCCAGUAACUUGAGAUGCCUAUAGUAGCUUCAGAAUUGUUACCUCUAAUAGGUCAUGUCUGGCUGCAUUUGUAAAACAGAAAUUGUUUUUCUUUCAAAUAAAGUUGGUAUCUGUGGCCUUGAACAUUUAUUCCUUGAGUGCUGUUAAAGGACACGUGCCGUCAGUGUGGUAUUUUUUGUGAAGCACUGUGAAAGGACUGGUAAGCACAUUCGCUCAAGUCCAAGUGUGCGGACAUUUUUACCCACCUAACAUACAAACCCA